AUGAUAUUAGAUACAGAAGCAGCUGUUAUAGUGAAUUUUGAAUUUUUGGGACAUACAGACAUGGACAUGGAAGAGGAAGAAGGAGAUGGAGAGGAUGAAAUUUAUGAUGCAAAUACGGAUACCAAACCAAAUAAAGCAUCUAUCCCCCUUCUAGCGGAAGAUGUUGAUACAGAUGCAAAGGCAGAAGAAGUAUUAAAUGAAUUAAAUCUCCUCACAGAAAUUGAAGAAUCGCCACCUGUUUCUAUUCAUCUGGAAAUGAAUUCUUCAAAGAGAGGAUUACAACAAGAUCCAGGACGCCCAAAUAAUAAAGAAGGCGGUGACUCCACGCUGGAAUUAGGAGAAUUAGAACAAUUAUGUGUUAACAAUAAUGCAGAAAUAUCGUACGAUAUGGUUUCCACCACGAAGGAGAUCUUCAGAAAAACAUGGAACGCUAAAUAUACGUUAUGUUCGCAUUUUGACGCUGUUAAAGCACUCGUCUUCCACCCCGCAGAUCCGGUUCUUAUUAUCGCAAGCGAUGAUCACACACUAAAGUUAUGGAAUCUUCAUAAGACUGUACCGGCAAAAAUGUCAGCUUCGUUAGAUGUAGAACCACUUUACACAUUCAGAUCAUACACUGGACUUGUGUUGUGUCUAGCCAUGUGUAGUAUGGGCAAUUGAUGUUACAGCGAUGGUUUAGAUGGCAUGAUCCAUUGUUGGAUAUUACCAUCGGCUAACAUUGAUCCAUAUGACUCGUACGAACGUCUGGGGCUUGAGCAUGUAUUAUGUAUAUGAAGCAUACAUUUUUCGGCUGAUCCAUUAUUUAUGAAAUUUGGUAUACAAUAGUUUUUUGGGUCGCUGAUCACGAAUCCGAGGUCAGAAAAAAGUUUUUUUGCUCUUUGUUUAUUCAUAAAACUUGCAAUAAAUAAUAAGUCCUAAACUAUUUUUUUAUAUUAUUCUAUCCCUAAGAUAGCGGUGAAAUACAAAACAACCAGUCUAAAUGUGUUAGUUGGAUAAUAAACUGCCAAAUAGUAAAGUUUAGAUGGUAACGUAGGUUACCACCAUGCAUCAAAGGGUUAAGGAAGUUUUACUAUAUUAAUCAUACAUGAUCAAAUAAUGUCAUUAAUACUUACGAACAGUUGUUAACGAUAAAUUCUUGAAAGAAAGAAAAAAGAAAAAGGAUAUAGUUUUGAUUGAAAUUUAUGGAUUGUAUUUAUGUAGUUAAAAAAUAAGCAAAUAUAUUGUUCAGUAUUAUACUUUAUUAAAUUACAUUAACAAUAUAUGUAACAGCAUCUAGAAGUUAUAUGAUUCUUAUUGAAAUAUAUUAUUUUUAUAUAA